UCAGAAUCCAAUAUGGCGCACCAAUAAUAAUUCAGCUGCGAUUUGGAUUUAUUUAUGUAUCACAGGUCAGAAGGCUGCUGUAAGAAAAACCAGCAUUUUUGUAGAGAGAUUUGCUGCACAUCACAAUACAAGAUGUCAUCCAAGAUGCAUUACAAAAACUUGGGCAAAUCUGGGCUAAGAGUGUCUAUGGUUGGCCUUGGGACCUGGGUUACAUUUGGUGCGCAGACUUCAGAUGAGACCGCCGAGGAGAUGCUUACAUUGGCGUACGAAAGUGGAAUCAACUUUUUUGACACGGCGGAAGUUUACGCGGCAGGAAAAAUUCAUUUUACAGACCAGAUAGCCAUGAGGGCUGAGAUUAUCCUGGGAAAGAUAUUGCAGAAGAAAACAUGGAGGCGUUCCAGCUACAUUGUGUCGUCUAAGAUAUACUGGGGUGGAAAAGCAGAGACAGAAAAAGGGUUGUCGAGGAAGCACAUCAUUGAAGGUUUGAAGGGCUCGCUGGAGAGACUACAGUUAGACUAUGUUGACAUUGUGUUUGCGAAUAAGCCAGACAUACACACCCCGAUGGAAGAGACUGUGCGAGCAUUUACCCAUGUUAUAAACCAGGGCUGGGCAAUGUAUUGGGGUACCUCCAGAUGGUCACCAACAGAAAUCAUGGAGGCAUACUCAGUGGCCCGGCAGUUCAACUUGAUUCCCCCAGUGGCAGAACAGACAGAAUAUCACCUGUUCCAAAGGGAGAAAGUUGAACUACAGAUGCCUGAACUCUAUCACAAAAUUGGCAUUGGUACAUUGAUCUGGUCGCCAUUGGCAAGUGGCAUCCUGACAGGAAAGUAUGAUGAUGGAAUCCCAAUAUACUCCAGGGCUGCACUAAAAGGCUACAGUUGGCUAAAAGAUAAGAUAUUGAGUGAGGAAGGACGCAGACAACAAUCAAAACUGAGGGAGGUCGCUGAGGUUGCAGAGAAGAUUGGGUGUUCCCUCUCGCAGCUUGCAAUUGCUUGGUGUCUGAAGAAUGAAAAUGUCCACUGUGUUUUGUUAGGGGCCUCCACUGUUGAUCAGCUCUAUGAAAACAUCCAGGCCAUUCAGUAUGUACCCAAACUGACAGCAAACAUUAUACAUGAGCUAGAUCGACUUCUAGGAAACAAGCCACAGGCGAUUCGUCGCGACAACGUGUCCAGGUGACUAGCAACUCAACAGAGCCAUGAACAACACGGGGAGGACUCGCCCCCGCACACUGAAGCCCGCCACACACAACGAAAAGCUUCCAUCGACUACAGCAAUGCUGCCUGCUCAUUGCAAUAAACAAUGUUGGGGAAUUCAUGCUUGAUGCAUUUAACACUGAUGUGGUUCUCGUGCAAUAAACACGAGUGGGGUGUGAAAUUAUUUUGAAUUUUAAGUGGCCUGUUGUAUAAAAAAUCAUAUUUUUGGGCAGGUAAAUAAUAGUAUAAAAUUUGGAUAUUUCCUUUUAGCAGAAGUGUUCUUAAAUUUGCAGAUAUUCUUUUUUUCUGCAUUGUUUGCCCUUCUGUCAGGAAAUUAAAACAUUUGAUAAAAAAUGAUUUCAUUGCAUUUUGAUUUAUAUAAGUUAUUUUUCUCCUUUUUUUGCCCUCCUGUCAGGAAAUUAAAACAUUUGAUAAAAAAAUGAUUUCAUUGCAUUUUGAUUUAUAUAAGAGAUAUGAUUUUAUGAAAACAAACCAAACAUUAUUAUGACAGCUACUUUAUUCAGCUGUGAAAAACAAGGGGGAAAAAACAUGGUUAUUACGUUCGGCUCUGUUGAAUUUUGAGGAGAAAUAAGGAGAGGAUUUUUUGACUUAUGGGCUUAUGAUUUUGUGAUAAACACGACAAAAUGUUUGUCUAUGAGGAUGAAUUUGUGUUAAACAAGACAUAAUGUUUGUAUAUGAAGUCUAUUAUGCUUCCUUGUGUUGUUCGCUCGGAGACACUUAAGGAGUGUUACAGUACUCAUGUACACUCAAUAAUAACAAGCUGUGAAGUUAUAGGCUUGAUUUAGGGGCUUGCUCUCAUAUGGCCGGUCGCUGACCUAGCAGAUAUGGCCGGUCACUUACCCAGCAGCUUGUAGGUGCCCAACAUGUAGGAUAGGAAUUUGAAGAGGAAAUGUUCAUCAAUUGAGAUAUACUAUAAAUCCUCAAACUGGCCUUUUAAAUGAGAGAGGUGAUAGAUAACUAUAAAAACAACAACACUGCCCUCUACAUGGUACACGUUUGUCAGUCUUGACUUUGAAUUUCAACCAAAAGUUAAUCAGAAAUAAUCUUCUUUAAGAAUUAUGAUUAUAUAUGAAUGACAAACACAUUGGGUCGAUUGCUCAAUACUCUGUCAAAAUAAACAAAGUUGUGAAUUUGGUCUUUGUGUACUUCAAAUAUUUACUGCUCUGGAAUGGAAUGGAUACACUAGAAAUUAAUAAUAUAAUAUAUUUCAGACAACUGGUUCAGCUGUACUUGUAUAAUUUAAAUUAUGAGCACUAUGUCAAAUAUUAUAUGUUGAAAAGUUACUUUUCAUAUUGUUUCGUAUUGUUAUGGUACAAGAUUUGUCACAGAUUAUGUGGUUUAUAUUUCAAAGUAGCAUUUAUUGUAUUAACUCUUCCUAAUCUCUAGCAGAAUAAAGAUCAUGUACCCUUCAUUAAGUGUAAAUUAUAGAGAACAAAAAUCAACAAAAUACUGUUUCAGUCUCUGUUGUCCCAGGCAUAAUAUGGCAUGUUUUCGUGUUUCUUAUUCAACAUUAAAGUGAUGUCUGGCAUAUUUACAUUUUUGGGUGAAAAAUAGAAGUGAUUGAAUGAAACAUCAUUACGGUGUGAUAUAAAAUACAUAAUAUGAUAGUUGUUAUUGUAAAUAAUUGUAUAGCAAAAGUUGUUUUGGGAUGCAAUUUUUAUAGUCCCCUUUAUAUGCAUUUUUAACAUGUGUGUUUUUCAAAGAAAAAAUCGUAAAUCAUCUUUGUUGUUACCUUCAUUGUAUUUGUUAGGCAGAAGUUAAAUGUUGGCUAAAUCAAAGAAAAUCUUAAGAUAUUAUGAAUUAUAAAGCAUAUGUUUAGAAAGUUCUAUAACUCUUGCAAACAUUUUUUCAAUUGUGAUCAACUGAUAUAAAUGGACUUAUGUUGAUGAGUUUGAUGUGUGCUUAUUAAUAAACGUGUAAGUAAGAUAUUUAUUGUAGAAAUCAGGGCUAUGUUGUUAAGUUUGUUCCCUUUUUGAUUAUUGAUUAUAAUCUAUUUUUUCCAUUUUUCAUCCUUUUUUUUUCAUUUCCCAUCUUCUUUUCCAUCUUUUUCCCUUUAUGAACGUUGUUUUAUUUCUAUUUACUAUAUUUUUCUAUUAACCAUCUUUCAAUUUUCCAUCUUUUCUUUCAUUUUCCCAUCUUUUUUUCAUCCAUUUCCCAUGGAAUUUUUUCGUUUCCCAUAUGAUUUUUCAUUUCCCAUUCUUCUUUUUUUCAAUUUCCCGUGUAAUUUUUCCAUUUCCCGUUUUGUGAUAAAAGAGAGGUUGUGAAACACUGUGUAUGUGUGAUGAACUUUAUGUGUACUAGAGGUACAGUGAUUUUUUAGACUGCUUUGUAUCAUGAUAAACUCAAAUAGAAUUUUGAAAAAAAGCUCUCAGAAAUAAUGUUUAGGAUGGCUUAUUGAAAAAAAGCAUGUGAUGCUCAAAGUCAUAACAUAAUGCAAAAGGAUUGAUCAAUGUUUAUGCUCAACUAUGGAUUGAAGAUUAAUUAACUAGCUUGUUUGCUCUUCGAAGAAAACCUGUCAAGGUAAUGCAUUAGCCUAAAAGAGGUGUAAUUGUUGGUGUCAGCAUUUUUCACACAAAAGCUUCAACAUUGGCCAAUACUGUAGAGUUUUUUCAAGAUAUUCAAAUUAAACUUGAAACAGUGCACGUUACAAGAGACUAUUUACAUGUAUUAUCUUAGCACUGUCCGUUACUCUGACUUGAAUAAUUCUUGAGUAGCGCCCCUUUGUUUACUGAAAAAAGCUGACGAGCGUUGGCGUUUACUCCACAGCACUCAUGUUAAUUGGAUCAUUUCAUGAAACAAAUAUUGAAGGCAUGGAAAAUAGGAAUCAAUAUAUAAUAAAGUGACUAUAUAUAAGUAGUGUUACACAGUUUUUCUUAUGUGUCCAUUCUUCUUAUUAGCCAUUUGUAUUGUGCAUUUAUAUGAUUAAGCAUUCAGUUUGGUUAUAUUCCCUUUGUCCGACCUGGGCCGAUUUUCAUAAACCAUCUCAAGUCUUUUUCUGACUGAAAUCAUUUCCCUAGUUUAAGUUUCUCCAAGUUCAUAUUAUAUAAUAACUUAAUAUCAUCUAAAAUGAUUUAUUUUCAUCAAUUUUAUGUAAUAUUUAUACUAGUAAGUUAAAAACACUUUCUAUUUUCUUUCAAUUUUCAUUAUGAAAAUUUUAGGAAAUUAGCUUCAGUUAAGAAAUAACUUAUGAUUUAUCCUUUUUUUCAUAUAUACUAUAAAUAGCAAUGGGUGAUCAUUUUAAAAUUCAAAACAUGGUUGUUAACUAGGGUGGACCCCAGCUGAAGAAAUACAAUAUAUGAACAUUUAUUACAGUAAUAUUGAGCAUAUAACACCAUCUCAUGUAAUAUAUAUAUGAGUUUUAAUUAGAAUUCAAAUAUUAAGUAAGGAAAUAUCCCAUUCAGGCAGAUAGAAUAUAUCAUACUGUUUGUUUGUUGUUGACCUUAAGGUGUGUUGUUGACCUUGAUAUUAGUUGUUGACCUUGAUGUUUGUUUUUGACCUUAAUGUUAGUUGUUGACAUAGAUGUUAGUUGCAAGGACUUGCAUUACCCUUGUAAAGUGUGUGAUAUUUUUUCUGAGCAUUCUUUUCUUGUCUAACAGUACCCUUAAAUUGUGAUGUUAAAAUGUUUUAAAUUCUUAUCAUAUGAUAUUUGGUGUGAUUUAUUAUGAACAUGAAUAAGUGCACAGCAUCUUUGUUUCAAAAGUUUAUGAUGUUUAGGUUCAACUUGUGCUAGAAAGACAACUGAAAUUGACAAGUUAGUUCAAAAUGUAUUAUUUCCCUUUGUGUUCAAGGGAGUUAUUUCCCUUUGUGUUCAAGGGAGGUUACAACAGAAUGACUCAAUAGUCAAUUGCUGUUGUCUUUCUUGCAUUACUAGAAACCAAUAUAACACAGCUUUCUUCAGGUUUUCAUUCAUUUCUUCUAUGUACCCAGAUAGGAAUUUAUCUUGUUAUAAGACCUUUGUUUUCCUUGAAUGACAUACAGUAAAAAACAGCAUUUACAGGCAGAGAAGGAUAACCAAAAUGCCUUUAUUGGUAUCACAUACCUGUUCCAGGCACGCAAAAUUUCAUAACAGUUAUUCAAGAAACUUUGAAACAGAUCUUAAUUUUGCCUGUGGGAAGGCUGUUCAAUAAGCGAUUCUCCAUUCAGUUGUGGUGUUAAUCAGUUAAAUAGUCCUGAGAGAAACACUGGAGAAGAAAAUUGUAAGUGUUAAGGUAUCAUUUUAAAGAAAAAAGAUCUUGCUUUUGGACAUUUUUGUUCUAUUUCCAAAAACGAAGGAAAAGCAACCACUCUACUCUUUGUCAUUGUUAUUUAUGUAGCUUUUUAACAGAACUUUUUAAAAUAUCUAUCAAAUGGUUAAGUAUGAAAUAUUUUGUUUGGUACAUGAUUAUAUUGCAUAGCGUUACUUAUUUAUGCUGUUUAUAUAAUUUAUUUAUGCCAAAACAAAUAAAGGUUUACAAUAGAA